AUGGGUCUUGUUGACUUCUUCGAAGGCGACGAGUUCCAAAUCUCGUUUCCCGAAGUAGAAUUUGGCGAAGAAGAUCAGUGGGCUGUCGCUUUCAAAGCCCCUAAAAUGUAUGAUCAACGUUGCGAAGAUCGUGAUAUGUCAGUCUUUUUCCUGGUCUCAGCAAGGGCUCUUUUGACGGCUGGCACGAGCGCCUACACUGAUCGCUGGAUUGAAACCAAGGGCCUUGGCUAUUUGGACUCAGGCAAGGCGAAGGAUGAUUUCAAUAAGAAGGUAGAUGAAGCAUUCGAGCUAGCUGAAGAACAUGACAAUUAA